AUGGUCCAAUAUUUCGCGCCGCCCAUUGCGCGCAGUAGAGGUAGCGAAGCGACCCGUUGCUCAAGUUUCCCUUUUGCUGCUCCGCUCUCGCUCGAGGCACAGGAAGAUCCAAUCAGCAUCCGACCCAAGAUUCGAUCCAUCAUUAGAGCAGAGAAACACACUCUUUCGUUCACGAAACACACCCUCUAUAGUCCAGCAGUCCAGCAGCAUUUCACACUACAGCUGCACCAGCCAGCCCACAGCACACGCACCAUGCCCAGCAUGCUUUCAUGCAGCCGCGUGCCAGUCACGCACCACCACUGCACACUCAGACGAAUGCACACACCUUCCUGCAGAGUGACAAGCAGCACCAGCCGUACUCCUCCUCCUCCUGCUGCUGCUGUCUGCCCUGCUCCCUCCUGCUGCCACACAUCUUCUGCUGCUGUCGCGUCCUGGAACAGCCAUGGCAGCAUCAGCAGCAGCAUAAGUUUUUACGGUAGUUUAAGUCCUAGCAGCAGCAGCACGGGUCAAAUCAGGGGCGGGCUGUCAGGGUUGGGAUUCGAGACACCAAGGGGAAAUCCGUGGGUGGCAAGCUCAGGGGCAAGGCGAGGGGUUGUUGCUCACGUCAGACGCAAGAGGAAGAACCCGCAGCCGGAUAAGCUCAUGGAUGGUGUAGAACAGAUCGUCGACGACUAUGACAUUGAAAAGGUUGCGUCAGCCCCGCAGCUCUCAGCUGAUGACGUGGCAGCAGGGGAGCUAUCGCUGGACUGCAACCGCUUCCUGAUUGGUCGCAGCAUGAUCAAUGACCGAGUGAGCGACCAUGAGGAGGGGAUCACGUGGCUGCGGUCAGCCCCGCGCCUGCUGUGGGUGGCUCGGGAGAGGCGUGCCGAGGCUGAUGCAGUGGAGAGGCAGAGGAGGCGGGGGGAGAAGUAG